UUGAUCUUUUCAAAACACUAAAACGUGACACGGAGAAAUAUGACCCGCUGCUAGUCUGCUGAAUGGCUGGCCGCGGUUUAAACAACUGCUCUCUUGUCCAUUUGUUAUGAAACUGCAGUGGUUAACGUUGUAGGUUAGUGUACUGGUGCGUUUCUCUUGUCAUUACGAGCAAUUAGUCUUUGAUUACAAGAUAUAAUAUUUAACACUUGAUAUAACGACGUGUUUCUAGUUAGCCUACACGGUAAACUGCCCGCUGUCAGACUUUCGUUGUUUAAACGUCUGUUUUGGUUCCUGGAGUUAGCGAGUUAGUGAAAUGGUGGCAUUACAUAAACUUUAUAAGCGAAAUUCCCUAAAGGUGUAUGCGUAAGUCAUCCGACCUUGAGUGAAUGACGAGGUAGUUGCAUAACGUUACCUUAUUUUGCUUUGGAGCGGAAAGUUAUUUAACCUAACUUAACCUAGCUAACUUAGCUAGCUAGCUGUCAAACUCAUUCACCUGUUAUUACUUACACGCUGUCUAAUUAUUCGCCUCGUAUUGGACUGUUUUGCACUGAGAUUAAUUAAAUGGCUAAUACGAAUGUUAACGACAUAACUACAACACCGAACGUGUAAAAGUCAGUAAAACUAUUUAUGUUUACAGGAAAGCUAACUUAGCUUUAGCUUGCUGUCUAGUGUUGACGGUGCAUUCCAAUGGGAUCCCACUGAGAGGUAACCUAUUGGUUACCGCUGAACUCCUUUUUGCACUAAGUAUGCAAAACAUGAGUCAGGGCAUUAUGCAGUUGGACGCACAUCUGCGGCUGUGUCACAACUGCAUGUGGUACUAUAAGUUCUCUCGGCGCUUACUCUCAGUUUCUGCCGCACACUGGUCGUCCACAAGUUACUAUGAUCUUCUUGGAAUUAAACCCGAAGCAUCACUGGAAGAAAUAAAGAAUGCAUUUUUUGACAAGUCGAAAAAGCUGCACCCUGACAGUGACCCAUCUAACCCAAGCCUACAUAGCCAGUUUGUGAAGCUGAACGAGGCAUACAGAGUGCUAAGUAAGGAGGGCAGCCGGAGGGAGUAUGACCUACGGCUGAGGCACCACUACAGUGGAGAGCAGAUCUUCAGACCCUCCUCCACAUAUGCUUCCAACCCCAGUGCAGAGUCAGCCGAGCGCAUGCGUUACUGGGAGCAGUUCCGACAUGCCCAGGAUUACACGGAGGAACAAUGGCAGAAGAAGAGGAAGAAGAAUUUGCAUCUGGUGGGCUACUGCGUUGUGGCCAUGCUGCUCAGCAUCAGCGUUCAUUAUUUUGGAUUCAGGAAGCUAGAAAAAGUACAUAAUACCUUCAUGGACGAGAAAGACAGAGUCAUCACUGAAAUCUACAAGGAGUCCAAAGAGAGAGCCAGGCUAAACGGCUUUAAGAAGCAGCAGGAGAUCCUGAGACAGAAACACGCUGAGUUUCUGGAGAGGUACAAGAUUCGCAAAAAUGGUGAAGAGAAGUAGAAAUAUCCUGCAGACAUUAUGCACUGUCCUUUAAGGGAGCUGAAUGCACAGAGGGGCAUCAGUGGUGUGAGCAAUGGAUGCGGUGAUUGUGCUUUUUUGUUAGCAGAUUUUUUAAUCUUAAUUCUCAGGAGUCACUUUAUAUGUGGCUCUCAUACAAAUUUUUGGUGACCAUUCUCAGAAUACUUAUAUUUUCAUUCUGAAAGGAAUUCUGAAACAUGCAGACUGCAGAGGGCAUGUUUUUCAGCGAAGACUGUUGCAAAUUAUUUAUGGAUUUUAUGAACAUGAUGCUCAGUUUUUGCAAUGUACGGUCCUGUCCGUCAUGGGCCAUGUGUGGGCAGAGACAGGUCACUAUAGCAAAAGAGCUAGUACAACAGACCAUUGGCUCUUGAACUACAUCAGGUAUCAAACAUCUUUACAUGUACAGCGAGCCUGUGUUCACUGGGCAGCAUUUUAACUGCACCUGGACACGGUGUUAUGGAAACAUUGCAUUCCUAACAAAGUCAAAACACUGUACUUAGCUCACAGUGUCUCUCUCUCUCUCUCUCUCUCUCUCUCUCUCUCUGUCUCUCUCUCUCUCUCUCUCUCUCUCUCUCUCUCUCUCACUCUCUCUCUCUCUCUCUCUCUCACUCUCUCUCUGUCUCUGUGUCUCUCUCUCUGUCUCUCUAUCUCUCUCUCUCUCUCUCUCCCCUCUCCCUCUCUCCCUCUCCCACUCUGUAUUGCAAGAAUGUUGUACAGAAGGAUAGAGAUAUGCUGCCUAAGCUAGACUGAAAGUGUGACUAAGAGUUUUAUUUAAAGUGCUGGUAUUCUCUAAUGCGGUGCCAUAUUCCAGUCUCAAAAAGGCUGUGAGCAGACGUGAUUAUGUUUGAAAGAAGAACCAAAACAAAUGAGUAACUGUGGCUUUAGUGAACUGCAGUUCUACCCAAAAAAAUACAUUUUUCAUGUUGCCUGUCAUGUGAGGGGAAAAUUUAAUUUUUACAUUCUUUCCAAAAUGAAAAACACUUCUUUCUUUUUUUAAAUGAAAUGACUGAUAAAAAUCAGUUUGAUAGCAUGCAGUGGAAAGCAUGUAGUACUUUCUGAUAAAUGACACAGGUAAGGCAGACGAAUAUGGCAAAAUAUUCUUUGGGUGGACCCAGAUUUCAGAAGGAGUAGUUUUUCUGAUCAGCUGAUCUAAGAUUAGCACACCUUAUUCUGAUUUUCUUCUGCCGUUUUUUCCACUGGUCAGUACGAUACAGCACAGUACAGUCACAAAUCUAAACCAAUAACUAUCCUCAGUCAAGUACCUGUAUCUGUUUGCCAUCAUAUAACAGAACCAGAAAUGUGCACGUCUUGCAUUAACAAUUAGCAAAAAGAAUAGCAACACUAGAGGAGCUUCAAGCUCUGAUUGACCUUUUACUACACUUAAUGUUAUGUGAAUCACAGAUAGUGAUCCAGGCUGGGUGUGUAGCAAGAAGGGUAACCAAAUUCAGCACAUGUACCCUGGUAUGGUAUAGAGCACUCAGUGGAAAUGACAGCAAAAUGCGUGAAUAGGGAUUUGCAAUUGUACUACACUGCCCAGUGGAAGAACACUGUAAGCCAGCACUGCAAAAAAACAUUUAAUUUUAAAACGGUGCAUUUUAAAUUGGUACAUCAUUUUCACCUGAAUGCGGUUUAUUACAUCAGCAUAGUAACUGCCAAAAAUAAGUAAACAGGAAGACAAAAUUGGUACAUUUUAUUUAUCUGGGAUCCAUGUUAAUGCCGGUUUUGGCAGCUGUAUAAAACAAAGAGGACACUUUCCUCUUCAGGUGUUUCCCUCUGUUCAAAACUGUAAGAAUUCACUGUGGAAAUAUUAGCCAACCAUAUUCUCAUGAUGCCUUUUUCCUGCAGGAAAGCUAGAGCUUUUGUUUGAUUGUUGCAUUGAGCACCUUAAUGUUUCUGUUUGUCACAGUUCCUUAUAUGAGGAACAAUUAAACAUUAUGCUGAUCUCAGAAGGAUGCUAUGUUUUUUGCCUCUUUCAUUCUCUGUGUAGAAAGCCAGUUGUUUACUUGGUUCUCUCCAGGCUAUGGAUCACAUGGAUAUCACUAUAGUCUCUGUCAUGGCACUGGCAGGUGUAAAUGCCUAUGUUUUGAAAUAUAUUUUGGACUCCA